CCCCUCUCUCUGUAUCUUCCUCUGUCCUCAGAGACAUUGACGAAGCAUCACACCGAGUGACUCCUUCUCUUCUUCUUUCCACUUUGUUUCUUCUCCUCUUCCCCGGUUCCUCUCCACUCCACCGCACAUCAUGAUGCUCCGAACCCGCCACGCCGCUCGCGCCCUCAAGGCCGUCUCAAGAGCGAGCGCUCCCCGUACCCUCACCACCUCGUCCGCCGUCGCCGCCAUCCAGGCCACCAAGAAGGUCCCUACCGGUGUGAGAACCCAGGCUACCUCUGCCACCUCGCCCGCUCCUGAGGUUCGAGACACACCCGCACCCGCCUUCAAUGCCGACAAGAGCCAUGUCCAACCUCUCCAGCGCUCUUCCGGGCCGGAAAUGGACGAGUCGUUCAUUGGCAAGACCGGAGGAGAAAUCUUCCACGAGAUGAUGUUGAGACAGGGCGUGAAGCACAUCUUUGGAUACCCCGGAGGUGCCAUUCUCCCCGUCUUCGACGCCAUCUACAACUCAAAACACUUCGACUUCAUUCUCCCCAAGCACGAGCAGGGCGCCGGCCACAUGGCCGAGGGUUACGCCCGCGCCUCGGGCAAGUGCGGUGUCGUCCUCGUCACCUCUGGCCCCGGCGCGACCAAUGUCAUUACCCCGAUGCAGGAUGCCCUCUCCGACGGUACCCCCAUGGUCGUCUUCUGCGGUCAGGUCGUCACUUCCGCCAUUGGCAGUGAUGCUUUCCAGGAGGCCGAUGUUACCGGUAUCUCCCGCGCUUGCACAAAGUGGAACGUCAUGGUCAAGAACAUUGCCGAGCUCCCCCGCCGUAUCAACGAAGCUUUCGAGAUCGCCACCAGCGGCCGUCCCGGUCCCGUCUUGGUCGAUCUUCCCAAGGACGUCACCGCCGGUGUCCUGAGGAGAGCUAUCCCCACCGAAACCUCUCUGCCUUCUCUCCCGAGCGCCGCCUCAAGAGCUGCCAUGGCCCUGCUCCAGAAGCAGCUUGAGCAGUCCAUCAAGCGCGUUGCUGACCUCGUCAACGUCGCCAAGAAGCCCAUCAUCUACGCCGGUCAGGGUAUUGCCCAGUCCGAGGGUGGCCCCGAGAUCCUCAAGGAGCUUGCCGACAAGUUCUCCAUCCCCGUCACCACCACCCUUCACGGCCUCGGCUCUUUCGACGAGCUUGACGAGAAGUCCCUCCACAUGCUUGGUAUGCACGGUUCUGCCUACGCCAACAUGGCUAUCCAGCAGGCUGAUCUCAUCAUCGCUCUCGGUGCCCGUUUCGACGAUCGUGUCACCCUCAACGUCGCCAAGUUCGCCCCUGGCGCCAAGGCUGCCGCUGCCGAGGGCCGCGGUGGUAUCGUCCACUUCGAGAUCAUGCCCAAGAACAUCAACAAGGUUGUCCAGGCCACUGAGGCCGUCGAGGGUGACGUCGCCACCAACCUCCGCACUCUUAUCCCCCACCUGAAGCCCAAGACGAUGGAGGACCGCAAGGAAUGGUUCGACAAGAUCAGAGAGUGGAAGGCCAAGUGGCCCAUGUCCGAUUACGAGAAGGCCGAGCGCUCCGGCCUCAUCAAGCCCCAGACCCUCAUUGAGGAGCUCAGCAACCUGACCGCCGACCGCAAGGAUACGACCAUCAUCGCUACCGGUGUCGGUCAGCACCAGAUGUGGACCGCCCAGCACUUCCGCUGGAGACACCCCAGGACCAUGGUCACCUCUGGUGGCCUGGGUACCAUGGGAUACGGUCUGCCCGCCGCCAUUGGCGCCAAGGUCGCUAAGCCUGACGCUCUCGUUAUCGACAUUGACGGUGACGCCUCCUUCAACAUGACCCUUACCGAGCUUUCCACCGCUGCGCAGUUCAACAUUGGCGUCAAGGUCAUUGUUCUGAACAACGAGGAGCAGGGUAUGGUUACGCAAUGGCAGAACCUCUUCUACGAGGACCGUUACGCCCAUACUCACCAGCAGAACCCCGACUUCAUGAAGCUGGCCGACGCCAUGGGUGUCCAGCACCGCAGAGUCAGCAAGCCUGACGAGGUUGUCGACGCUCUCAAGUGGCUCAUCAACUCCGACGGCCCCGCCUUCCUUGAGGUCGUCACCGACAAGAAGGUGCCUGUCUUGCCCAUGGUACCCUCUGGAUCAGCUCUCCACGAGUUUCUGACAUGGGACGGAGAGAAGGAUAAGAAGCGUCGUGAGCUGAUGCGCGAGAGAACGCGUGGUCUCCACGGCUAAACAGCCAGCCCUCACAGCUGUUUCUUGUUAUCUCAUCUUUCCACAUUGGAGGCGUCCAUGCAUAUUGCUCUCUCAUCUUAUACCACCAGGCUUUAUUGGGUUCUCUUUGGCCAUAACGAGAUCUCCAUCUUGAGCAGAAAAAUCUUUCCAUUGGGAAUCAAGGUUUUUCUUAUUACGGGCGACGACGAAUCAAAACCUAUAUCGCAGGUUUACGUCCGGAAGCAAAACAAGUUCAAAAUCAAAACAAAAAUCUAAAAAGUGCUUUAUCGCAGCAUUUUCCGUAGUUGGGGGCUUCAUUUCGGGCAUUCGCACAAAAAUCGACCGUCACGGAGUUGGGUUAGUUUACCUCGACCUUGUCAAGAGAAUGUACAUAUAUCAAACUUCACGAGUUGUUGAAUAUUGAAAAGUUUUUUUUUGCACCUCAUCUUGAACUUCC